CGGAAUAAUUGGACCUAACUAUUGAAAUAUAUUGCAAAUUCACCACAUUUGGAAAAUAUUUUUAAAAUAUUUAUUCCCGAAAACUGCUAAUCACCUUUCAUCUUUAUCCGUUUACUCUCUCUCUAAAAGUCUCUCUUCCUCUCACGUUCAUUUGUUUGUCGUUUCUCCAUCACAGUGCGCAGUAUACACAUAGUGAAGAACACAUCACACUCUUCUCCUGUCGUCUUUGCUGUGGAGUUUUUCUGAUAGGUUUGGCGGUCCGAGUGAAAAGUUUCAACAAUGGUGAGAAAGAGGCGAACUGAUCUUCCUGGGGCUGGUGAGAGCUCUGAGUCUCAGCAAUCUGGUGGACAACAAGGCCCUGAGCAAUUCCCUCCCAUACAGCAAUCAUUCCAGCAGCCUCAACAACAAGGAGGAUAUCAAGGAGGAGGAAGAGGCAGGGGCCCACGUGGAGGAUAUGGCGGCCGUGGUGGUGGAGGUGGCAGACUUCCCCAGCAACAGUAUCAUGGGGGAGCUUCUGAAUAUCAACAGGGUGGGCCCCAGUACCAGAGAGGAGGGCCACCUGUCCAGCACCGAGGUGGAUAUGCCAGAGGUGGGCCAUCCAGGAAACCAGCUCCCGAGCUGCACCAAGCUACCGAUUCUCCGCAUCAAGGGGCAGGUCCAUCUCAACCAAAUCCAUACAGGAGGCCUGCUGAAACACAUCCUGGAGCUGGGGUGACUUCUCAACAACCACAAGAGCCAUCCGCUUCUGCAGUGUCGGAGCAAAUGCAGCAACUCUCUUUGCAGCCAGAGGUGAACCCGAGCCAAGAAAUGCAACCGGCUUCGAGCAAGUCCAUGAGGUUUCCAUUGAGGCCAGGCAAGGGUAACAAUGGCAUCAAGUGUAUUGUGAAGGCUAACCACUUUCUUGCCCAGCUUCCUGACAAGGACUUGCAUCAAUAUGAUGUGUCCAUUACACCAGAAGUUUCAUCCCGUGGAGUCAAUCGUGCUGUAAUAAAGGAAUUAGUGGGUCUAUAUAAGGAGUCUCUUCUUGGAAAUAGGUUACCUGUCUAUGAUGGUAGGAAGAGUCUAUAUACUGCCGGGGCUCUACCUUUUGCAUCAAAGGAUUUCAGAAUUACUCUCACCGAUGAAGAAGAGGGGCCGGGGGGUCUCAGGAGGGAAAGAGAGUUUAGGGUGGUGAUCAAGUUUGCUGCGCAGGCCGACUUACAUCAUCUAGGCAUGUUCUUACAGGGGAGGCAAGCUGAUGCUCCUCAAGAAGCUCUCCAGGUUCUGGACAUAGUUCUGCGUGAACUGCCUACCAGCAGAUUGUGCCCAGUUGGUCGCUCCUUCUAUUCCCCUAAUGUAGGUUCGAAGCAGCCACUUGGUGAAGGGCUUGAAAGUUGGCGUGGUUUUUACCAGAGCCUUCGCCCUACUCAGAUGGGGCUGUCACUAAAUAUUGAUAUGUCUUCCACUGCUUUCAUUGAGCCGCUCCCAGUGAUUGAUUUUGUAGUCCAACUUCUGAACAGGGAUGUGUCAGCUAGACCUUUGUCUGAUGCUGACCGUGUGAAGAUAUUUAAAGUGAUACCAUUUGCUCCCAUUAACUUCAUCGAAUUGAACCAGAUAAAAAAGGCUCUGCGAGGAGUAAAGGUCGAAGUUACUCAUCGAGGAAACAUGCGUCGGAAAUAUCGCAUCUCUGGUUUGACAUCACAAACAACAAGGGAACUAACAUUUCCUGUUGAUGAAAGGGGCACGUUGAAAUCUGUUGUUGACUACUUCCGGGAAACCUAUGGAUAUGUCAUUCAACAUGCUCAGUGGCCAUGUCUGCAAGUUGGGAAUACUCAGAAACCAAACUAUUUGCCAAUGGAGGUGUGCAAGAUAGUCGCGGGUCAGAGGUACUCCAAGAGGUUAAAUGAGAAGCAAAUCACUGCACUCCUCAAAGUCACGUGCCAACGCCCCCAACAGAGAGAGCAUGACAUAUAUGAGACUGUAAGACACAAUGCCUAUGCAUCAGACCCUUAUGCUGAGGAGUUUGGGAUCACAAUUAGCGAGAAUCUGGCCCAAGUUGAAGCUCGUGUUCUGCCCGCACCCAGGCUCAAAUACCAUGAUUCAGGUCGGGAGAAAGAUUGUAUGCCCCAAGUUGGGCAGUGGAAUAUGAUGAACAAGAGGAUGGUCAAUGGCGGCAUCGUCAACAAUUGGAUCUGUAUUAACUUUGCUCGUAACAUACAAGACAAUGCUGCGAAUAAUUUUUCUUACGAGCUUGCUCAAAUGUGCAAUACGUCUGGCAUGGCUUUCAAUCCAGACCCUGUCUUACCAGUUUUGAGUGGCCGGCCUGAUCAGGUAGAGAGAGUUUUGAAAGCCAGGUUUCACGAGGUCAUGACUAAACUGCGGCCCCAGGGGAAGGAACUUGAUCUGCUAAUUGUUGUUUUACCUGACAAUAAUGGUUCUCUUUAUGGUGAUCUGAAACGUAUAUGCGAAACGGAUCUUGGAAUUGUCUCCCAGUGUUGUCUUUCCAAACAUGUUUAUCGAAUGAGCAAACAAUAUCUUGCCAAUGUGGCUCUGAAGAUUAAUGUGAAGGUUGGAGGGAGGAAUACUGUUCUGGUUGAUGCAAUAUCUAGGCGUAUACCAUUUGUUAGCGAUCGUCCCACCAUUAUUUUUGGUGCUGAUGUCACACAUCCUCACCCUGGCGAGGAUUCUAGCCCAUCUAUAGCU